GUGAGGGAUAAGAAACUGAGGAGAUAGUGAAGGGCGGUUUGUCCAGAUUGUUGAAAGCUCAGAAUUAGAGUUUAAUCGGAAUAGAAAUUCUGUUAAUAGCACCUGAUUAGCUCAGUUGAUGAGGCUGAGCGAGUUGUGGUGAGGUAUUUUUUGGUCACGUGAGGGCAAUUGGCGGUAAUUUAGGCCUGUGGCAAGAAAAAAAAAAAAAUCCCCCAAGCGGCUUAGAACAGUGCCUGAAAUCCGAACACUUAACGCUUUCCAGUUCUUUCCAUUUCUGGAGACUGCCUAUUAAAACAUAUUCCUGGCUGGAAUAUUUGUAUAUAAGAGUCCAUAAGUAAUUAUUAAGCACCGCGCUUAGCUUUCUCUAAGGAGUAUGGAAUAUUGUUGAAAGGCUUGUUUCCUCCAGGAACUUGAAUUUCAUUUAGUAAGUCUUCAAGGGCUUAUAGAAGAGUAACUGAAAUAAUCCCAAUUUACUAGUUGGGUUGUGUAAAAAACAUAGGCUAAUUGGUAGUAAGAACACAGUCACUGUAGAAAUGAUUUUAUAAUUGCUGUGGUGGGGAGGGAAGGGACAGCCUGAGCAAAGUCUUGAAGUCCAGAAAUAGCAUGGUAUAUAUCAGACACUAUGAAAAGUUUGAUUUUAUCAGUAAUUUUUGAGUCGAGGAGUGUGCAAGUUCCUGAAGGGCUUUAAAGGUGCUGUUAAUAGGAUUAGUUCUCAAAUUAUUUCACCUGUAUCCUAAAAUUGGGCCUCAGCUGGGAGAAGAAAUAAAAUUGGGCAAGUCUCGAUCAAGGAACAGUGGAUAAAUCAAGUAACUAACCAAGGGAGCAGUUUUGAGCUAUAAAGAAAAGGACUGUAAAAGAGUAGAUAGAAAUUUGUUAUAAAUUCAUCAGCUCCAAAACUAUGCUAUCCAGAGGGAGUAAAUCUGACGGGAAGGCAAUUGUUUCUGCUCGCGUCAACCCAGAAAAUAGGAAAAAAAAAAAAAGGUUUAAUAUGUCAGUGACUAUAAGAAAUAUAGUGCCCUGAAAUCUUAUUUAUGAUGCUUUGUGAUACAAAAGUUAUUUAAAACUUUUCCUCAGUCUUUGGGUUUUGUAAGGUCACUAAAUCUUAGUUAACUGGUGGGUGAAAUUUAAACCAACUUAGUUAACUGGUGGGUGAAGUUUAAACCAGCUUAAGUUAUCAGCUCUUGAAAAAAAAAUCAAAAUGUUUCUCUUCCUAGGAAGAAAAUACGGUGGCCAUUGGGCAUAAUUUUCUGGUGGUGGGAUUACAAAGAACUAGGGGCUGAGGUAAAGGCUGCAUAUAUAUUGAUUUCAUUUCCUCUCUAUUUCAUAUGGCAUUUAAGUGCUCCUGAAUCUUCUCCAGGCUCACGUUGCUAGGCAAGGUGGUUUUUCCUUAGGAGAGGCGCAGGUGUUUUUCAAAGUAAGAUACUGGCAUCAGCAGCAUCAAAAUCACCGGGAUCCAAGGUGAAUGAAUAUAAGGAAAACCAAAACAUCGCUUAUGUGUCUCUGAGACCGCUACAGACUACAGUUUUAGGAAAAACACCUAUGGUGUGUCUUGUUCCCUUUUCACUCAGUACCUACAAGCCAGAUCAACUCAAGUGCCCCAAAUCCCUAUUAGAUAAGAAUUCUAACAAUGAAGUGGCAUGUAAGAAAUGUAAGAAGGCUGAAAUAAAGAAAACUAGCAGAAAGAUUUUAACCCCAAAGAUGGAAGCCACAUCUUCCAAGGCAGAAUCUACUCUGCAAAAAUCAUCCUUAGAUGUUCAUGCUGAAAGUAACAAGUGGCAAUACAAGAGCACUUCAGAUACAGUGAUUCUCAGUGCUGAUACAGAAAGCAGCCAGGAUGGAGACAGUGAUGAAGGUACCACACCAGGCAUGGAUGAUUUUUCAGGAUUGUCACCAUAUGAAAAGAAGAGACUGAAGAACAUAUCAGAAAAUGCAAACUUUUUUGCUUCUCUUCAGUUGUCUGAGUCAGCUGCAAGGCUCCGUGAAAUGAUAAAGAAGAGACAGCCUCCUGAAUCCAAAAGAAAGAAGCCUAAGAAGAAAGAAAAUGAGACUGGAUGUAGAAGGUCAAUGCGAUUACUGAAAGUUGAUCCUUCAGGAGUUUCAUUACCAGCAACUCCAACCCAGCCAAUAUUAGUAGCAGAUGAAAAUCCUUUGUUACCUCCUGGGCCUUUAGAAAUGACUUCUGAAAAUCGAGAUGAUAACAGUGAACUAUUUAAAGGAUUUCUGCAGACUUGGGCAGAAGUGAGCAAGGUAUCACUUGGGAGGACAAGAAGUAAAAACACUGAGAAGGCGUCAUCUAGCAUUAAAAGCUACAAAGCCAAUUUAAAUGGCAUGAUCAUUAGUGAAGAUACUGUUUAUAAAGUUACCAAAGGCCCAAUAUUCUCAAUGGCUCUCCAUCCAUCAGAAGUUAGAACUUUGGUGGCAGCUGGGGCCAGAUCUGGACAAGUUGGACUUUGGGAUUUGACUCACCAACCUAAAGAAGAUGGUGUUUAUAUUUUUCAACCCCAUAGUCAACCAGUUAGCUGUCUUUACUUCUCGCCUGCCAAUCCAGCUCACCUGCUGUCACUGAGCUAUGAUGGCACAUUACGCUGUGGGGAUUUUUCCAGAGCUGUUUUUGAAGAGGUAUAUAGAGAUGAAAGAAGUAGCUUUUCCUCCUUUGACUUCUUGGCAGAAGAUGCCUCCACUUUAAUAGUAGGUCACUGGGAUGGAAGUAUGUCACUAGUGGAUAGGCGGACGCCUGGAACUUCUUGUGAGAAACUUAUCAAUUCUUCUUUGAGCAAAAUAAGAACUGUACAUGUCCACCCAGUGCAUAGACAGUACUUUAUCACUGCGGGAUUAAGGGAUAUUCAUAUUUAUGAUGCAAGGUGCCUGAAUCCCAGUAGAAGCAAGCCUUUGAUUUCUUUGACUGAACACACAAAGAGCAUCGCUUCUGCCUAUUUUUCACCUCUUACUGGUAACAGAGUAGUAACCACAUGUGCUGAUUGUAAGCUGAGAAUCUUUGACAGCAGCUGUAUAUCCUCGAAGAUUCCUCUUCUCACCACCAUCAGGCACAACACCAUUACUGGGAGAUGGCUGACCAGGUUCCAAGCUGUGUGGGACCCUAAACAAGAAGACUGUAUCAUAGUCGGCAGCAUGGCCCAUCCACGGCGAGUGGAUAUCUUCCAUGAGAGAGGAAAGUGGGUGCACUCUUUUCUUGGUGGAGAAUGCCUUGCCUCUGUGUGUUCCAUCAAUGCUACGCACCCAACUCGGUAUAUUUUGGCUGGAGGUAACUCCAGUGGGAGGAUACAUGUUUUUAUGAAUUAAGAAAGUUGCGGAGGUUUUGGUUUGACAACACUGAUCUGUUCAAAGUAAUCAGUGUCUAAGGAGCCCAGUAAUUCACGUGGCUUAGUCUGUUUACUUGGUAAUAUGUUCUAUUUUUAGCAAAUAUAAAAUUGCUUUGUUAAUAAGAACUGUGAGCAGAAGGUACUUUUAGGAGAAGCCUUGGAGGUUGUUUCUAUAGGAUGGUGAGGGAAUUAAAGGGGAGACUGUGAUGCCUUCAGCACUUUUAAUCAGGCAGAAUGUUGAGAAAUUCUAACAUUAUAAAUUAUAAAGCUUUGAGUGAUCAGUAUUUUGGUGGUUUUUGUGGUUUUGAUUCUAUAGUGAUAUAUAGAUUUGUGGGUUUUUUUAUAGUUUGCAGUAAAUAUUUAUUUUUAGACUCAUACACUGGAAGGGGUCCUGAAAGGUCAUCUAACUCAGUGACUUUGAAACUUUUGAGUUUUUAAACUGAGCACCUUUUUCCCCCCUUGCCUCUAAAUUAAAUCUUACGUGAAAUCCCAAGAAAUUGCUGAGAAGCUUUGGUUCACUUGGGCAGGGCCUGUGUCUGUGUGUGUUGACCCUUUCCCUCCUGCUCCUCUGCAUGGCUCCUGAGGCACAGCCAAGGAAUCCCAGGGCUUGUAGGCACAGGGUUUGGAUCUACCUGAUUGCUGCAAUCCAGUAUGAGAUUACCUUCAGACCAGUGUUUCCCAGACUAUUGUUUGUAGCUGUUCACAUGAAAUCAGUUAAGUGGCCAUGAACAGUGUUUACAAAAAUGAAAAGGAGAGAAAUAGUAAAUAAUAGCAAACAUAAUUAGAGUAAGUAUUCUUUUGUGAAACUUAGUUCCAUAUGCAUACAUAUUUGUAGGUAUACAUGCAUACGUAUAUUCUGACGUAAAAUAUAUUUCUUUAUUACUGUGGUACUGUGGGUCAUGGUUAAAGAAGUAAACCUGACUUAGAAAGUCACAGACAGCCUUAUCUGUCCCUGUCUUUAUACUCUCCAGAGGAGAUUCAAUAACCUGGGAAAGUGUUAUGAAAUAUCAUUUUUUGAAUUUCUUCAUAAAUUCUUUUUU